UGUAUUCAUGCGCUGGCAAAAUGACCGUACUUUCAAUGGUUCCGAAUGAUACGCCACUCCUGCCCGCGAAAGUCAUCGAUGUACCAAAAGAUGUACUGCGCAACUUCCCGCACUCGAAGAAGGUCGGGAACUACCUUCUUGGCAAUACGCUCGGCGAGGGAUCAUUUGCAAAGGUUAAGGAAGCCCUCCAUAUCCCUACUGGGGAAAGGGUGGCCGUGAAAAUAAUCGACAAGAAGAAAAGUCGCGAGGACUCCUAUGUUCGGAAAAACUUACGGAGGGAGGGGAAAAUCCUGCAGAUGGUUCGCCACUCGAACAUUGUACAAUUACUCGAAAUUAUGGAGACGCAGAACAGCUACUAUCUCGUAACCGAGCUGUGCAGAGGCGGGGACUUGAUGGACUAUAUUUCGCAACGACGAAAAUUGCCGGAACCGGAAGUUAAGAAAUACAUUCGCCAAAUUGUGUCUGCUGUGGACUACUUACAUCGGCUGGGAAUUUUGCACAGGGAUCUGAAAAUAGAAAAUCUUCUAAUGGACGAGUUCAAGGACAUGAAAAUAAUCGAUUUCGGCCUGAGUAACUGUGUGAAGCUCGUACCCACGAAAGACGGACCGAGAAUUCAGGAUUACUGUGUCACCCAAUGCGGCAGUCCAGCAUACGCAGCGCCGGAACUGCUCGGCCGCCGGAAGUACGGACCGCAGGUGGACAUCUGGAGCAUUGGCGUGAACAUGUACGCCAUGUUGACUGGGAACCUUCCUUUCACCGUGGAGCCAUUCAACAUCAAAAUUCUCCACCAGAAAAUGAUAACUGGACAGAUGAACCCACUUCCUGAUGGGACAACUAGAGACUGCCGUGACCUCAUUAAGAAAUUACUAAACCCCGACCCCGACAGGCGAAUCACGAUGGAAGAAGUUUUGCGACAUGCGUGGAUCGCAGAAGGACCCGGAUGUCCGCUACCAAGAGCUCAUUGCCCCAACAAGAUGAAAACAGAUGACAUCGAUAACAGUAUAAUACGUCAUAUGAGUGACAAUCAGGGAUUUAGAAUAGGGGAGGUAAUCCGUUAUGUUACCGGAAAUGUGCCGAGCAGUGCAACCGCAAUGUAUUACCUUAUAAACCGGAAGUUGCAGAAACAUUAUGGGCAUCUGCGCGCGAGCGGGAAAAUUGCAGCCGACAAUCGACUUGCAGCUGGAAAUAGGAAUUCAACCAGGAAUUACCAUCUACUAGAAUCGAGACCUUGUACCAGUCUUCAACGGAAAACGCCCGUUCCCGCUGCUUCGAAUGUCGUGACGUCACCAUCUGGCAGCCCCAUCCGGACCCCUGUGACGUCACCAGUCAAGGUUAGGGACACGGUCGGGAGUCAAAUCGAAGCCGAAAGCACCGGCGGGAGCAGUAAAGACACCGAAUGUGAGAAAUCAGAUGCAGCUGAUGACGCUUUCUCAGAUAUUAUGCAGACAAAGGGAACCAACGACAUAUUCAAGAUUCCCAGAGUUCAAUCGCCCAUCAAGAAGCCGAAAAAUGACGAGGUUGUUGAUAAUCAGCCUGUCGAUGCGGAACUGAAUCAAACCGUGUUGCCAAAGGUUGCAAACAAGAAUAUGACGAAUGGUCUAAAUUCCGCGACUUCAAAUUCCCUCAAGCCUGCUCUUGCAGCCAGUGAGACUGUUGAAAUUAACGAGACCGAUGUUCACCUAGAUACUAGUCUUCAGCAUAAACCUGGGAAGAGCUCGGCAACGAACGCUGUCAAUGAAAGCGAUGAACCAUUUCGACCACGAGCGUCAACUUUUCCAGGAAAAGUCCAGCGCCCAAAUGUUAAAGUAGAAAAAACAUUACCACACACAAUCACCAUUGAUAGCGGUGAAAAUAAAACAGUGACCUCACCUCGAAGUAGGUUAUAUAGGCCCCAUAGAGAAAAUAUCGGCUCUUCUCCUAUUCCUGUGAACGAGAACCCUCUAGACUUCGCAAUCGGUGAAACCGAGGGCUUUGCAGAUUUCUAA